UUUACUUUCACAAGUCUAAACCCUUAUUUCAUUUGACCUAUCUCUCUCUCUCUAGUCUCUCUAUAUAUGUAUUCAACUUCAGCUAAAACUUUAUCUAUCUCUCAACCUUAUCAACAAUGGCUUCCACCUACCACGUUCGAUCUAGUAGCUUACCAGCUCGGUUACACUCAAAUGGUUGUCUCAACCAUAUUCAGCAACUCCUCAACAAGCUUCCUACAGAUAAUAACAGUAGCCUAUCGUUUCUCUCAGAGCUCUAUGACUCUGUUUCUCAUCUAUUCAAUGACUCGCCAGCUUCAUUACUACUCCCUCAUCACUCCUUUUUCACCCAUCUUCUUGAUCUUUCUCUUGUACACCUUGACUUGUGCUCCAAGCUAAGAGACAUCACUUGCCGCAUCAAGGAUUGCCUCCGAGACCUCCGCUCUGCUUUCAGAAGGAGGACACACGGUGGAGAUUCCACGAUCCAGUGCCACGUCAAAGCCUUUAUCCGCUCUCGGAGAUUGAUUCACAAGGAUCUUGCUAAGCUACUCUCGUUGCUCAAACAAACCGAACAUUCCUCUUCCGAAGCAAAUCAUCCUUUCAUCACACUGCUCCGACAAGUUUGUUCACAAACAUGUCACUCCUUUAGGACUGUCCUGUUGUCCUUAUCCUCACCUGUACCAAAGCCCAUGCCUUCCAAAUGGUCUUCAGUCACCAAACUGAUGAUCAAGAACGUUACGAAUAAAAACGCUCAAGUUCAGACAAACGAGUUCCAAAUGAUGGACGAUGAGCUACAAAGACUCUCCUUGGCCAAAGAGAUAAACAAGGAACGAAUCAAAUCUCUGGUCACAACCUUGGAAAACGUAGAUGUUGCGGUUGAAGAACUAGAGGCGUCGCUUGAAAGCUUAUACAGGCGUAUGAUCCAAGCAAGAGUCUCAAUUUUGAACACACUCUCUACACAUAUAUGAUUUAAUUAGAACUCCAUUCACUAGAUCCUCAUUGUGUAUGUAUACAAGUUCACAUAUAUUUUUUUAACAUGUUUCAUAGAUUAAAACAAUGGUAGCUGUCUAACUAAACAAACCAAAAAAAAAGAAAAAAAAAAAUUUAGCAACAACGACAUU